AUGCUCGAUUCUCGAGAAGGUUAUUCCCCUAUGAGCUUCAGGUUUCUCGCACUAACACGUCGUUCCAGUGAUGUGUGUAAACGGCAUACCGACCGGUGUCGGGCAGUAGUAUAUCAACAGCAAAACCACCAACCUGAAGAAGAAUGGGGUCCCGUCCCGCAGGCGAUCUCCGACACGGCGCCAUCGUUUACGGCACUCGUCGAAUCUACUGGGUUUUCUACGAUUCCCGAGGAACCCAGGCAGGAGCAGAUUGCGUUUCCUGUAGGAAGUCCACAAGCUUAUUCUGUAAAUCCUGCGUCUAUCGUGAGUGUGGACGCUGUUACAACGCACACCAAAGCAUACUUUGAGUAUUUCCACCAGUCACUCCCGUUGGUGCAUCGGCCAACAUUCACCGUAUCCUCGACGCCGAAGCCAUUGAUGAACAUUACGGUUGUUAUUGGCAGCUUGUAUACAAUACGGUUGCAUAAUCCCGACGACGCAGCAGCCUGCGUACAAUGGAGUCGAGGAUUAUGGGAAAGCGGGUGUGAGGAGCUCAGUCGUCUGGUAUCCUCUGACUGGAGGGAGCUUCGAAAAACCUGGGUCAUGCAGUCGUGGCUUUUGUAUAUCAUCUACGGGGCAUUCAUGAGUGACAGGACUCAAUUCGAGAAGGCAAAACAGAUGCUACGAACACUGGUUGAUGCCGUUCGCGAACUAGGACUGCUUCGACAGAGUAUAGCCAUGCCUAAUUCCCAGUCUUGGAGGUCUCAAAGCGAGCCAAGUGCGUCAAGGGACGACUCGCAGACACCCUAUACACGAUGGAGGUCGUACGUCAAUGCGGAAUCUAUGAAGCUGUCACUUUACACUCUCAUGUUUCUGGACUUUCAUGUAUUUUCAGCUUGCAAUAUCCGUCCAUUGAUAUCGCCGAUGGAGUUUGAGUGGGAGCUUCCAUUCCCUAGUAGCCUCUGGGAAGCCAACAACGCAGAGAUAUGGCUUCAGAGAGUCACUCAGCAAUAUGAAGCGUCGACCCUCCUGCCGUUCGACGAUAGCCUAGAUGGUUCGCGAGGCUUAGCUACCACCUCCUUGUCAUUGGCUACGCAGGAACUAAUGUCGGAGUCACCUAGCCCAGACCUUCUAACAGCACUCGCAGCAAACCCACUUGCAACGCUCUAUGUGUUGACCAACCUGGAUUCUUUGGUGAGAGACUUCACGAGAUGCUAUUACCAGUUACCGCCCAGUCUGUCGGAUCCAUCGGCAUUCCAUAUCCUUACUCAAUCUCAGAAUCGACAAAUGAUCGCCGCUAUGCGGUCGAUCUCGAAGGUUAUCAAAGACCAAGCUUACUCUACGGAAAGCCCUCAGUAUCUGCUAUGGCGGGCCAUUGAGUUCAUAACUUGUUCCAUCAAGGUCAGCUUAUGCAAACCAGAUAACCUCUUGAUUGGAGGUAUUGUGGACAACAGCUUGAUUGCUGGUCUGGCCACAGCCACUCAUCUAACUCUAGGAAGUUACACCGCAGUCAGACGAUCGGCAACUGCUUUGUUGCAGCAUACAUCCGGGGAAGACGCCAUGCUGCCCAUUCUUGAUGACCUUACGGGCACGCUAUUAAACAUCGCCGGUGAAGAUCGAGAAUUUGCGUUCCGUGAAGCGCCUUGGGUAACGGUUACUGGUUACGGAAUCCUCCUCACCAUCUGGAGAGUGUUAAGGGGGGCGAUCUCGGAUAUCCGGAGCAAUCUGGAGUCGUUCAACAAACUACCAAAAACCUCUGAAUCCUGCAUGUUGAUUUUCAACAGCAUUAUGGAACCUAUAUUGCAUAAUACCGGGAAUGAGACGGCGGACCGAGACCCCCGCCUUUGGUCCAGAGAUCGGAGUGCUUUCGCUAGUCUUCUUGAUGAGAGCGAAACAUUAUUCAUCCAGCUGGUACAGCGGGUCUGCAAGGAUCGACCGGUCUGGGGUAUCGGGCCUUCUAUGGCAACCGUUUUGGAGGAAAUAGUGGCGGCUAGUCAGACAACUGCCGGGGCCGGAUUGAGCAUACUGGUGGAGUGA